AUGAGUCUCCCAGGAGAACCCCUAACUUCACAGUCUUCCACCCCUCAAAUACUCAUAUCCCCCUCAUUUCACGACUCACUCCCAAUUUUCCUCUCCGAAGAAGACCAAACCAACUUCUACUAUUCACCCAAACCAUUCCUCCAAACAGAUCCCAAAACAGACUCUCCAUUCCGGGAUAUCAUCCCAACCAUCCGAAUACCUCCACCCCCCGGUCUCGACGUCUGGGUCUCCGGAAUAUCCCAUCGGAAAACACUCAAGAUACUCGGCUACCCAUCUUCCAACUCCCAUAUCUCUUCCCUACCCUCAAACCCAUCAUCUCUCCCCAACAGCACCUCACCACCCCCUCCGAUCCCAAAAACCAACACAACCACCCGACCCCUCAUCCCCGCAUCCUCAGUCCUGCACUACCUCCUCUCCACCUCCCCAAACAAAAUGCACCUCACCAUCCACGGUUCCAAACGUAACAGCCAAGUCGAAGACCAAUCCAUCGACUACUGCAUCCUCCGCUGUAUCGCCAACUACAGCUCACCACGCUACUGGGUAUUCGAUAUCGAAGAUCUACACUGCGCAGCAUGCUGUAAACAGAUGCGUGAUCAACGGAGGAGAGAUUACGAGAAGAGUUGGAGAUGGGGGGAGAGGGUCAAGGGAGCGUGGAGACAUCAGCAUUGUGUGAAUUCUUGGUGUCAUGGGGUAUGUGGACAUGGGCGACGGUCGCAUGAUGUACUCACUCGUCUUGGAGUCAAUACAACUCGGAAAAUUAAAUACUUACAACUGACUACUUCAUCUACACACAUGGAUGCAGAUAUUCUCGCUUCCGUGAUAACAGUUUUGAAACCGUUCAUUUCGAAACUUUCCGGGUUGGAAAUCCUUCUCGUUUCUUCUGCAAAUUCUAUCGGAAGAUCGAAAGGUAUGUGGAAGGGAUCGAGACAAGAAGCGAGGCGUUUCAUAUGCUGUUUUGUGGAAUUGGAGGAGUGGUUGGUGGAAGGGGCGAGGUUGGAAAUCAAGGGCUUGGGAAAGUUUGGAGAGUUGGAGGGGAUGUGGUGGGAUGUGAGGAGGAGGUGGUGGAGGAUUGGGGGGAGGGUGGGGGAUGAGAGAUAG